AUGUCGUCGUCUUUAGAGCAAGAAAUCUUCUUACAGUGGGGAAACAAGAAGAGAUUGAGAUGUCUAAGAGCCAAAGACCAACAAAUCUCACGGGAAUCUAAUUCUUCUUCAGUUCGUCGGAAAAACACUUCUCGGUUUCUAGGUCAUGAAACUUUCCUCCUUCAAUCCACAAGAUUCUCCAGAGGAUCAGAAGGGACAAUCCUCAGAUCUGGACAAGGAGAUCGCCGGAGAUCGUCGCCGGAGAAAGAAGAGAGGUAUUAUGCUACAAGAGGUGUAGUGGAAAACAUUGGGAAGCUUUGCUUAGAUGGGAAUAAUGGGGAAGAUGGCAACAACAAGGAAGAAGAGAGUAUGUGGCCGAAGCUGUUUAUUACAUUAUCAAGCAAAGAGAAAGAAGAAGAUUUCAUGGCUAUGAAAGGUUGUAAACCUUCACAUAGGCCUAAGAAGAGAGCCAAACUCAUCCAAAGAAGCUUACUUAUGGUGAGUCCUGGAACAUGGUUGGCUGAUUUGUGUCCAGAUAGAUAUGAUGUUAGGGUGAAGAAGAGCUCUAAGAAGAGGAGAGCAAGAGGGCUAAAAGGCAUGGGGAAUAUGGAGACUGAUUCAGAUUGA